AUGAAAUACGUUGUUGUAUCUGGAGGUGUUAUUUCCGGUAUUGGUAAGGGUGUUUUAGCAUCCUCCACCGGAUUGUUGUUCAAGACCAUGGGCUUGAGAGUGACUUCCAUCAAGAUUGACCCAUACAUGAACAUCGAUGCUGGUACCAUGUCUCCUUUGGAGCACGGAGAAUGUUUCGUUUUGAACGACGGUGGUGAAGUCGACUUGGACUUGGGUAACUACGAAAGAUACUUGAACAUCACCUUGACCAGAAACCACAACAUCACCACUGGUAAGAUCUACUCUCAUGUGAUUGAAAAGGAAAGAAACGGUGACUACUUGGGUAAGACCGUCCAGGUUGUUCCCCACGUCACUGGUGCCAUCCAAGACUGGAUUGAACGCGUCGCCAAGAUCCCAGUCGAUGACUCUGGCUUGGAACCAGAGGUGUGUAUCAUUGAGUUGGGUGGUACUGUUGGUGAUAUCGAGUCUGCUCCAUUCGUUGAGGCCUUGAGACAGUUCCAGUUCAGAGUUGGCCCUGACAACUUUGCUUUGAUCCACGUGUCUUUGGUGCCAGUUAUUCACGGUGAACAAAAGACCAAGCCUACCCAGGCUGCUAUCAAGGAUUUGAGAUCUUUGGGUUUGACUCCUGAUAUGAUUGCAUGCAGAUGUCAAGAGACCUUGGAGCCUGCCACCAUCGAAAAGAUUGGUAUGUUCUGUCACGUUGGUCCUGAACAAGUCAUCAACGUUCACGACGUCAACUCCACCUACCACGUUCCUUUAUUGUUGAAGGAGCAAAAGAUCAUGAAGUACUUACAAAGAAAGUUGAAUAUCACCGAUAUCUCUGAAGAUGCUAUCACUAGAGGUGAUCGUUUGUUGACCAAGUGGAGAAACUUGACCAGUGACCACGAUAAAUCUUUCGAAACUGUCACUAUUGCAUUGGUUGGUAAGUACACCAACUUGAAGGACUCCUACUUGUCUGUCAUCAAGGCCUUGGAACACUCUUCUAUGAGAUGUAACCGUAGAUUGAAGAUCGAAUGGGUUGAAUCUUCGGACUUGGAAGAAGAAACUAAAAAGGAAAACUUAUCCAAGUACCACAAGGCAUGGCAUUACGUUUGCCAAGCUGAUGGUAUUCUUGUUCCUGGUGGUUUUGGUUCCCGUGGUAUCGAGGGUAUGGUUGCCACCGCCAAGUACGCUAGAGAAAACAACGUGCCAUACUUGGGUGUUUGCUUAGGAUUGCAAAUCGCUGUUAUUGAAUUCGUUCGUAACAUCUUGGGUCACAAGGAAUCUACUUCUAUGGAAUUUGAUCCAAAGGCCGAAGAAGCCACCGCUUCUGUUGUCUACAUGCCAGAUGUCGACCAAGUCAAGCUUGGUGGUACCAUGAGAUUGGGUAUCCACUCCACCAAGUUCGUUGCCAAUUCCGAAUGGUCUAAGUUGAGACAAUUGUACGGUGGAGCUGACUCCGUUUUAGAAAGACACAGACACAGAUAUGAAGUCAACCCUAAGUUGAUUGAAUCUAUUGAAGCCAAGGGUUUGAAAUUCAUUGGUAAGGACGAAUCAGAAUCUAGAAUGGAAAUGUUAGAGUUAGAAGGCCACAAGUUCUUCUGUGGUACUCAAUACCACCCAGAAUACUUGUCCAAGGUUUUAGAUCCAUCUAGACCAUUUUUGGGUUUGGUUGCAGCUUCCGCUGGUCUUUUGGAUACUGUUUUGAAGAGUGACGACUUGAACCACAAGGGUGAGUUUUAA